CGGCGAUCGGAUUGAUGGGCGGGGUCUGUGUGACAGGAAAGGGCGGGGCCUGGCAGUAGCUGGAGAGUCUCAGAGCAGUCUACGGCCGGGACACAGAGCGGGAUCAUCAAUGCCGGCAGCCCGGGAGCAUCAUGUCUGCAGCCGUGGGGAACGGGGAGCAGCUGGCGGACACCCUAAUAAUGGAGCCAAGUCAGUGCCUGGUGGUCUCUAGCAUCCUGGGACCUAAACCGGGUUCCACAAGCCUCUCCUCCGGCUCCUUCAGUCCCCACAUGGUCGAGUAUCCCAGAAAGCGGAAAGUGAGCGACUCCGACAGCAACACCACAGACGGAGAUGUUGGCAAUAUACAGAACCGAGAGGCUCACAGCCAGACAGAGAAGAGGCGGCGGGAUAAAAUGAACACGUUGAUCGAAGAGUUAUCCGCCAUGAUACCCCAGUGCGAGCCCUUACCCCGCAAGCUGGAUAAACUUACAGUGCUCCGAUUGGCCGUGCAGCACCUAAAAUCACUGAAGGGUUCCAGCAGCGCGUUCGCGGAGGAGAGUUACAAGCCGUCAUUUUUACACCAGGACGAACUGAGACGUUUAAUCCUUAAGUCUGCCGAUGGGUUCCUGUUUGUGGUUGGAUGCGACCGAGGGAAAAUCCUGUUUGUGUCGGAGUCCGUCUUGAAGACCCUGAAGUACAGCCAGGCUGAACUGAUAGGACAGAGUCUGUUUGACUAUCUGCAUCCCAAAGACGUUGCCAAAGUUAAGGAGCAGCUCUCCUCCUCCGACAUCACCCCGCGGGAGAAGCUUAUCGAUGCCAAAACUGGUUUGCAAGUACACACACACUUUCAGGCUGGCGCGUCCCGGCUGCACUGGGGGUCCAGACGCUCGUUCUUCUGCCGGAUGAAAACGGGCCGGGUCUCUGGCAAGGAGGAAAAGGACUUUCUACCUGGCUGCAAGAAAAAAGAGCAUCGGCGGUACUGUACCAUCCACUGCACGGGGUACUUGAGGAACUGCCUAUCCAGUGAGGUGGGCAUUACAGAAGACUGCGACGUUGGGAAAGAGUCGUACAACUUCAGCUGCCUCGUGGCCAUUGGUCGGUCCCAUCCCUUCAUCAUUCCGCAGAGCACAGCGGAGAUUAGAGUGAAGCCCACAGAGUUCACUACCCGCUAUACCAUGGAUGGUAAAUUUGUCUAUGUUGAUCAGCGAGCUACAGCCAUAAUGGGUUACCUGCCCCAGGAGCUUCUCGGCACUUCCUGCUAUGAAUACUUCCAUCCGGAUGACCACAGCCAUUUAACGGAGCAACACAAAGCUGUUCUUCAGUGCAAGGAGAAGAUUCUGACCAACGCCUACAAAUUCAAGGUGAAAGACGGGUCCUUCAUUAUCUUAAAGAGCCAGUGGUUUAGUUUCAUCAACCCGUGGACCAAAGAAUUUGAGUACAUUGUUUCCGUCAACACUGUGGUUUCGUGUCAGGGGUCGGCGCUAGAAACGGCCUCUCUCCCUGGCAGCUCCCACUCAUCAGAAGAUACUUCCAAGCGACCCUUCCUCAGUCUGCCCGGGAUGUCCGGCGGAACGCUGCUCGGAGCCGCUAACAUCGGGAGGGAGAUCGCAAAGCAAAUCGUGGAGCUGCAGAGGUUACACUCUCCCCCGUUUAACGGGAACAUAAGUCCUACUGAGCUCAUAAAGAAAUCUCUCGCCCCGGAGCUGCCACACAGUGAGGAACAGAAGAGUGAGUUGGUACAGCUGUCUCCCACAGAAAUAGAGAAAUUGGGCACGUCUUCUCAGAGUGAUGUUUUACCUUCAUUCCCGAUUCCAGACCACCUCCUGGGUGACGGUUUUGAGAAUGAUGAAACUGCCAUAGCCGCCAUUAUGAACUUAUUUGAAGAGGACGGCGGCCUGGCAGACGGCGGCGAUCUGAAUGACAUACACUGGACACUAUAGCAGGGCUGACGCUGACCCCUAAACGCACAAAGUACUGUAAUCCAUGUGGCUUGGACACAACAGUCAUUAUUUUUGUAUUUUUGUUAUCUAUAUAUUACAAAAAAAAAGGAAACCACUCGCAGCGUUCCUUACGGGAGCGCGCGGCACGGCAGGAUCACUUUCUAUCGCAUAGAUCUAUAUGAUAAUCAGAUAUUUUCAUACUUGUUAUUAAAUCAAACUUUCCUUGUACAAGA